AUGGGACGUAAACAAAGACAGAAUAAGAAAAUAGUCUUUUCUGACACAGAAUAUGAGACACCUAUUGUAAAUAAUGAAGAAAAGGGAUACCGUGAAACCGAGUCAAAGUCUGAAAAUAGCAGCAACUUCCAAAGAGCCAGUGCCAACAAAAGCCAAGUUUACAAGACAGUCUAUUUUGAUGACAAAUCUACUGAAAAUGAUGAUGAAUACAACAGGGAGAAUCCUGACAGUGAUGAUGAGUUUUUUGAGCAAAAUCGUUCAGUUAGCAGAAGUCAACUCAAAAAAAAUGCUGAAAAGUUAUAUGAAAUAAGAAAAACUUUACCUGUUUAUAAAGUCAAAGAUGAAAUAAUCCCACAAAUUUUGCAAAAUCCAGUCACAAUAUUGAUUGGUGAAACUGGUUCUGGUAAGUCAACCCAGAUUCCUCAAUUUUUAAUGGAGAUAAUGGAUAAGAAUAUUGCAGUAACACAACCGCGUAGAGUUGCAGCCAUGAACUUGGCAAUGAGAGUGUCAGAGGAAUAUGGAUGUCAUGUAGGAGAAGACGUGGGUUACUCUGUGAGAUUUAAUAAUGCUACAUCACAUUAUACCAAGUUAAAGUACAUCACGGACGGUAUGUUGCUUAGAGAAAUGAUGAUUGAUCCAACAUUGUCUAAAUACUCUAUGGUGAUUGUCGACGAAGCGCAUGAAAGGACAAUUUUAACAGAUCUACUUAUUGGGUUUUUGAAAGGCCUUUUAAUUGAGAGAAAUAAGGGUAAAGACGAGCCUGAUUUCAAGGUUAUUAUUAUGUCUGCGACGUUAGAUGCCGAGAAGUUUUCAAAAUUCUUCAACAAUGCACCAAUAUUGUUUGUUGAAGGUAAAAUGUAUCCAGUAGAAAGAUAUUACAUGGAUAAAGCAGCUGAUGACAUUAUCGAUACGACAAUCAAGUCAAUUAUUCAAAUCAACCAAGGAGAACAAUCAGGUGACAUUUUAUGUUUUCUUCCUGGUCAGGAUGAUAUCGACAAGGUGGUUGAUAUGCUAACUAAUAUUGCACCGGAGCUACCAAAGGAGGCACCACAUAUAGUUGCAAUGCCAUUAUACGCAGCAUUGCCACCUCAACAGCAAAUGAAGAUCUUCUCAAAACUAAAACCAAGACAGCGUAAAGUGAUUGUGUCUACCAAUAUUGCUGAAACAUCAGUCACGGUCCCAGGAAUCAAGUAUGUCAUAGAUAGUGGCUUAAGAAAAGUAAAAGUAUGGAGACAUCAGCUGGGCCUUUCUACUCUUUUAACCGUUCCGAUUUCCAAAGCAUCCGCUACCCAAAGAGCCGGUAGAGCCGGUAGAGAAUCAUCGGGAAAAUGCUAUAGACUGUACAAAGAAUCGGACUACUUAAAGCUUACCGAUACAACAGAGCCGGAGAUUCUCAGGUCUGAAAUCAUUUCUCCUGUUUUGAUGUUAAAAAAACUUGGGGUAGACGAUAUUCUAGGAUGGCACUGGCUUGAAAAUCCAGGGCACGAAUCCUUAGUUGCUUCUUUACAGCAACUCUAUACUCUUGGAGCUAUAAACAACAGUGGAAAUAUUACUGAGCUGGGUGAAAAGAUGGUAAUUUUACCUGUAGCUCCUCAUUUGGCAUCUGUUCUUAUUAAAGCUCAAGAAUUUAAUGUCCUCGAAGAAGUUAUUGAUAUUGUUUCAUGCUUGUCUGUUGAUAAUCUGCUCUUGAAUCCUUCCAGUGAAAAGCGAGAUGAGAUAAAUGCUCUACGUAACGAUACGUGUACUUUAGGAACAUCGUAUGGUGAUUUAAUUAUGCUUAAAGAGAUGUUUGAUAUCUUCAAUAACAUCAAGGACCCACGGGAAAGGAAAGCUUGGUGUAAAGAAAUUCAUGUUUCUUAUAAAGGCUUCAAAAAUGUUAAUAGAAUUAAGAAGCAAAUCAAAGACUAUAUGAUUUUGCUUGGAAAUGAUGUGAUGGAUGUUGACGAAAAUGACUAUGAUGAUGAUAUAGCUAAUAAUAAGCCGCUAGAUGUUGAACAUAUUCUAAAGUCAUUCCUGCAUGGGUUUAUAUCUAACACGGCAAUAGGUCUUCCUGAUAGAUCAUAUCGGACUGUAACUACUGGUAGUCUUAUUUCUGUGCACCCUUCUUCAUUAUUAUUUGGUAAAAAAAAAGAUGCAAUAUUGUAUAUUGAAUUUGUCUAUACUGUCAAAGGUUAUGCAAGGAGUGUGUCAGCCAUCAAAUUGGAAUGGUUACAGGAAAUUGCACCAAAAUUACAAGGUACAAAAGUGAGUACUGAAAAAUAA